GGUGACUUGCGUAGUUUUAUAGUUGUGUGUGUCGGUGACUGUGUUUCCCACCAUUAUCCACUGGUGUGUACCAUAUUAAAGUGUUUACUGGGACCUGCGCUUCGUAUUACGCGGUCCAGACGUGGAGUAUGCACUCGCCUACAUGACGUAUAUAUAUAUUGUAUAUAGGUAGAAACAAGUGUACUACCGUCAGGCUGCCACGGCCCACGGCGGAUCCUUCUUAGUUCUUACACAGUUACACCCCCGGUGCAUAGUUAUAGUGCUCACUGCUCUGUAGUCUGUAUACACUACACACUCGGUACAGGACAAUCGGGAAUACCUCCCCAUCGCCAUUUUGUAGCGCUUCAACUCCGAUCUCCGUAUGUUUGUGGUGCGUCCGAAUUUCGGUAGUUGUUCAUUCAAAGCUAUAGACGAUCGAAGCUUUUCUAUUUGACAACAGACGCAAGAGAAACAUUAAUUAUAUGUAAAAAAAAAAAAGAACACCACGAUAACAACGAUCUCUUCAGUGUCUUAUUCGGUCGAUUGCAACGUCCAAAAAACUUUGCGCGUCAGCGUGUAAGUCUCAAUCAAUUUAUUGUGUUGUGGCUACUGGCUUGUGAGUACCUAUACGGUCGUAAUACCUGCCGGCAACCAUGAGCUACCAACCUAGAGGAAUGUCCGGAAACAUGGUGAACCCAAUCAACGAGACCAUGGACAUCAAAGAUCCAUCGCUAGUAUGGCAGCAAAGCGGCCAGUAUUUACCAGAUUCGGGCAUACAAUCUGGAGGUAGUACCCAGACACAUUCUAUAACUACUAAAGAAGAUGAUAUGGAGAGGGACCGACUUUUGUUUGAUCUUGAUCAAGGGUUCCCGCAAUCUUUUCCACAUGACCAAGUUGAAGGAAUGAACCAACAUUUAGGCCAAACGUGUGGUGAAAAUUUAGAAGAUGAAGUAGAAAUGCCCACUCAAUUCAAUGUCAACAGUGCUGCAAAUGUUCAAAAUAUGACUGGACCAAGCCAAAUGUUGAAAUAUGCUGUUGUCAAUUUGAUCAACUACCAAGAUAAUGCUGAACUUGCCACCUGGGCUAUUCCAGAACUAAUCAAAUUGUUGAAUGAUGAAGAUCAAGUAGUUGUAUCCCAAGCAGCCGUCAUGGUUUAUCAGCUGUCUAAUAGAGAAGCUGCUUUGCAUGCUAUUAUAAAUAGCCCACAGAUGAUUGGUACAUUAGUUAAAUCUAUUUCAAACAGCAACGAUUUGGAAACCACAAUUGGUGCAGUUGGAACAUUACGAAAUUUGUCUAAUCACCGUCAAGGUUUAUUAGCAAUUUUCAAGAGUGGAGGAAUMCCAGCUUUGGUUAAAUUAAUGAGUUCUCCAGUUGUAUCUAUUUUACGAGAUGCUGUGAUAACUAUUCAUAAUUUAUUAUUGCAUCAAGAUGGUUCUAAAAUGGCUGUUCGUGUAGCUGGUGGCUUACAAAAAAUGAUAUCUUUGUUGACAUUCAAGUCGAAUAGCCAUUCGAUUACUGUUAAGUUUUUAACCAUCAUCACUGAUUGUCUACAUAUUUUGGCUUGUGGAAAUCAAGAAAGCAAAUUAAUAAUACUAGCUGCUCAAGGGCAUGUUGAACUUGUGCGCAUUAUGCGUUCAUAUAAUUAUGAGAAAUUAUUAUGGCUCACUUGUCGUGUUCUUAAAGUUCUUUCUGUAUGUUCACGAAACAAGCCAGCUAUUGUGGAAGCUGGUGGAAUGCAAGCUUUAGCAAUGCAUCUUCAACAUGACAGUCAACAAUUAGUAUAUAAUGUUCUAUGGACUUUGAGAAACUUAUCAGACGCAGGAACAAAGGUUGAUGGAUUAGAACAACUUUUGCAAUCGCUAGUCGCAGCAUUGGGUCACACAAAUAUAAAUAUUGUAACUUGUGCUGCUGGAAUAUUAUCGAAUUUGACAUGUAAUAACCAGAGRAAUAAGUUAACGGUAUGCCAGUUUGGAGGUGUGGAAGCUCUUGUACGUGCAAUCAUGAAUGCUGGAGACAAUGAAGAGAUAACUAAACCUGCUGUUUGUGCUUUAAGACAUAUAACAUCAGGACAUGCUGAAGUUGAAAACGCUCAAAAUGCAGUUUGUCGAUCAGGUGGUGCUCAAGUGGUAGCCAAGCUAUUGCAACCAUCAUCUCAUUGGCCUCUUAUUAAAGCUGUAAUUGGUCUGAUAAAAAAUAUAGCACAAUGCAAAGCAACGCAUGGACUACUUCGCGAACAUAAUGCCAUACAUAAUUUAGUAGGACUUUCAAUGCGUGCUUUUCAAGAUCUUCAAAAUCAUUCAAAUACUAGUGUAAAACCAGAAGGAGUUCGUAUGGAAGAGGUUAUUGAAUGUGUUAUUGGAACUUUACAUAUUUUAGCUAAAGAAUCACAAAGCCGAUCGAUAAUGCGCUCUCAGCAAGGAUUUAUGGCUAUAUUAAUACAGUUAUUAUUUAACAACUUUGAAAAUAUACAACGUAUAGCAGCUGACACAUUAAACGAAUUAGCUGUGGAUAAAGAAGGUGCAGAUAUGAUAGAAGCUGAAGGAGGAACUGCCUCACUUAGUGAAUUAUUGCAUUGUGGAAAUGAAGCUCUUGCUACAUGUGCAGCUGCUAUUCUAUCUAGGGUUUCUGAACAUAAAUUACAAAAAUGUUUGUCAAUGGAACUCGGCAACUCUUUAUUUAGUGAAGAUCAAAAUUUAUGGCCUUCUGGCGAUCUUGGUAUAGCACCAGAUCUUCAGGAUAUGAUAGGUGCGAACGAGUAUGAUAUGUAUGGUCAAGGAUUGAGCACUGUCUACAGUGGUGUAGGGUCACCCAAACACAGUGCUUCAGGGUAUGACACGCUACCCUUAGAUUCGAUGGAAGGAUUAGAAAUUUGUCCUCAACAAGAUUCCAGUUAUGGCUCAAUGGAUGUCGAUUUUGUCAUUCAAAAUGACAUGACUUCUUUGCCACUCUAAUGAUGAGAUGAAUGAUGGCAUGAAUUUGAAAUUUAUUUUCAAAGUGUAUACGUUUAUUUUAAAUUAUUUGGAUUACWGAUUUAUAUUAUAAAUUUAGUUUUUAUAUAUGCCAUAAAUUAAGUAUAAAUAUCAUUUAAUAUGGAAAUUUACUUACAGAUGGAUAUAAUUAAAUAUUUUAAGUUUAAAUCAAUCAUUGACUGUUUAAUAUUUAAUCGCUGAAUCCCAGCAAUAGUAAGACAGCAAAAUAAGUAAACUGAACUUCUUAWAUUAGUGUUUUAUUUAUCAUUGAGACUUAUAUGAAAUAUUUUUUUUUAUUAUGUGUACUGUGUAGUAUGUAAUUUUACAUUAUUAUUAAAUUUGAAUGUU